AGAGGAAAAUCCAAGAAUUACAUACAUGUGUUGUAUAUUUAUGAAGGAGAAGGAAUUUUCAGGACCUCUUACAUUAUUACUACUCACUAACCCCACCCCACCUCCAUCUUCACAUAUAUGAUUCCAGCUUCCACUAUAAAUAUAUAGAUACAUAAGCAAGACAGCAUAUAUAUAUAUAUAUAUACAUAUAUAUAUUCACACAGAUACACCUCACACUGUGUGGAAAAGAUUGAAGAGAAUGGGGAGAGGGAGAGUGGAGUUGAAGAGAAUAGAGAACAAGAUCAACAGACAGGUGACUUUUUCAAAGAGGAGAAAUGGGCUGCUCAAGAAAGCAUAUGAACUGUCUGUGCUUUGUGAUGCUGAGGUUGCCCUUAUCAUCUUCUCCAGCAGGGGCAAACUCUAUGAGUUUGGCAGUGCUAGCAUGACAAAGACCCUUGAGCGCUACCAGCGUUGCUGCUUUAAUCCUCAAGACAACAGUGCUGAAAGAGAGACACAGAGCUGGUACCAAGAGGUCUCCAAAUUGAAGGCUAAAUAUGAAUCCCUCCAAAGGACUCAAAGGCAUUUGCUGGGAGAAGAUCUUGGACCUCUGAGUGUGAAGGAGUUGCAGAAUCUUGAAAAACAACUGGAAGGAGCUCUUGCUCAGGCCAGGCAAAGGAAGACACAGAUUUUGAUGGAACAAAUGGAAGAGCUCCGCAGAAAGGAGCGCGAACUUGGAGACAUGAACAAGCAGCUCAAGAUCAAGGUUUCCCUGGAAAUGUCAUCGCUGGAGACAGAAGGAGAAGGGCUGCGAGCCAUUCCAUGCCCAUGGAACCCUGGUUCCUCGUCUGGAACCAAUAGCUUUCCGGUCCACGUACAACCUUCCAAUCCAAUGGAAAUUGAACCGGAACCUGUGCUGCAAAUAGGGUACCAUCACUACAACCUUGGAGAAGGGACAUCAUCAGUUCCAAGAAGGAUGGCUGUUGAGAGUAAUAUCUUCCAAGGGUGGACACUUUGAUCUCAUCUCAUAUUUCAAUUUGAAUCCUAUCAUCAUUGUCAUGUUUACAUAUAUAUAUGUUUCCAUCUUGAAUGAUUGAAAGGGCCUUUGUCUUUGUCUU